UUCUGCUCUGAGACGUCUAACAGGACAAUGUCGUCUAACGAAGACAUCUCAGUAUCUGUUCUAACAAUAAACGAAAACAAUCAAAAUGCAUUUUAUUUUUAGUAUAUUUUUCAUUGCACUAAUAGUAUUAAAUAAAACUUAUAGUGAAUGGGUGGAAAUAACGCAAACUAAAGAAUCAAAUACAGAUUUUCCUAUUUUGGACAGUACUUCGACGAUUCAGAGACCAGUAGUAUUUACAACGACAUCAGACUAUGAAACUUUAAUGCGUACAGCUUACUCCACGCAUAUCUUAACCGCAACUUCUUCAAAAAUUAUGAAAAAUGACUUUGUUGUCGAGUCAACAAUAUUUAAGCCUAAUGUUAUACCAAAAAGAUCUGUGGCUAAAAUUAAAAGAAAUAAUACAGGGAAUGUGGAAAGGAUCAAUACUGGAAGUGUGGAGAGAAUCAAAGUAGCGAGAGAGAAAGUUGAUAAUAUGGAUUUUGAUAAGUUUUUGCCUUUGGUAAAGUCCAUACAGAAAAAUUUAUUAAAGAAUGAGGGAAAAUCUGUGAUUAACAAGAUCUCGAUAUUGAAAAAUUUAAAGGAUACUAUACUAAUGAAUUUAAAUGAUAAAAUAUCAAAGCUAUGGAUGCCACAAGAAGUAAAUAGAGAAGCCAGGGGUUACAAAGAUGAACAUCACAUGGAGUUUCCUUCUAAUGAGGGUGCAUUAAUGACUAUUGGAUUUUUAACUUUUGCAGUUUUCCUUAUUAAACUGGUUUUGAAACUUAUCUAUGCUUUAAAAUACAAGAAGGAAUACUAUUCUACAUCUACAACUACGACAACAGUAGCUACAUUAUUUAUAAGAAAACGAAGAGAUAUCGAAGAAGAAAACAAUAGAAUACUGCAACUUAUAGAAGAGUUUAAGUUAGAUUAGGUGUAAAAAUAAAUAAAGUUUGUUAUGUAAUAAAUAUAUCUUUUAUUAUUAACUAUAUUACACACAAAAUACUGUCAUUUAAAAUUAAAUACAGGAAACUUAACUUACAAACUAAUUAAUUAUAUUUACAGCAGUUAAGGUCCUAUCUAGGUACUCAUAAACCUAAAAAAGUAAUUAUUAUUUUUCGAAAUGAAAAAUAUUAAAAAAUUUACCCAUGGUUUCUUGUUGGAUCUCCACUUUAUACGUAGGAUUAUCAUAAGCAGAUUGACUUAUCCGCGUCGACGGCGUUGUUAUGGCAGCUUUAUUUUGAUUGUGACGCCUCACCAGUAUUAACAGCAGAAUUAGUGUGCUCAAAAUCGCUAUAGCUGCUAGUAUGGCUACUAUCACCAGUGGCCCAUAGUAGUCGCCUUUAUUUUCUAGUUGCUCGCCCCUAGAUAGCUUGUCUAAAAUAGAAAGAAACUUUAUAAUGUAAAAACAAAUU